AUGUUUAAUCAAAUAAUUGACCAACCCGAACUUUUACCGACAAAUCAAUUACUUCAAGGACAUUUGAAUUCGUCAGUCUACUUGACAAACAAUGUUUGGAAGAUCGCGUUCUCGCCAUGUUCAAAAUAUUUAGCUAUACCUAAGCAAGAUAUCUACGGUGAAAAUUGUGUUUUAAUUGUUAAGUGUUCAAAUUGGAAUGCAAAGGAUAUUCAUACGACGGAUUUGAGUGUAUGUCAACGUUUUACUUGCAUAUCAGGGAUAUGGUCAUUAGCGUUCGGACAACGAAAAACAGAAGAAAGUAUUUCAUGUCAGCCGAUUCUGCUUGAUCCAAAUAAUUUAUUAUUACCAAAAACACGGCGUGAACUACUAAACCGACGUCGUUCCAGUUUAUCAGUUGUUAAUCGACGCCAUGAUUUUACAAAGGAUUUAUUUCUCGCUGCUGGUUUGGCUGAUGGCAAAAUUAACAUUUGGAAUAUCGAUACAGGAGAAUUAACAUUAAUACUUAAAGAUCAUCAAUCGACAGUAUGUGGAUUAGAUUUUACAUCAUGUACGAUGCAACUGGCAACAUGCUCGCAUGAUACAACCAUUAAACUCUGGGACUUACUUGAUGAUGGAAAUAUGUAUAAAACAUUGAAUGAAUGGACUCACGUUAUUAACGCAGUUAAAUGGUCACCCGACGAAACACUUCUAUGUGCUGUGGGUCCCUAUGAACUGGUUAUCUUAUAUGAUACAGUGACCUGGGCAGAAUUACAUAAAUUCGAAGGACAUUUACACAGCGUGAUCGACUGUGCAUUUUCAUCGGACAGUGCUCUUUUAGCAACCGCUUCAUACGAUACACAAGUUAUCCUAUGGUCGACAGUAACCGGCGAGAUACUGAAAACUUUUGCGCAUAAAAUACCUAUGCCAUUGAAAAUCUACGCUGGUGGUGAUAAUGGUGCAUUCGUACGAUCUGUUGUUAUAACCAAGUAUAAUCACAAUAUCAUUACUGCUUGUGAUGACAAUAAAAUUCGUUGGUUUUCCUUAGCAUUGAAUGACCAAUCACGAAUGAUCUAUGAACGAACAGAAACGAAUGUUCUCUGCGUUGCAAUGACAGUAGAUGGACAUACAAUGGCAGUUAGCAAUCGUAAUGGUGAAGUACAUCUGCUCUCGACUCUUUCAACAACAGGAACUUGUCAUCCACCACUACUAAAAUAUUUCUGUCGAUUACUUAUCAAUGCAACGUUGGGAACAAAACGAAAAGAAGUUUUUAGUUUACCCUUAUCACAACAUUUGAUUAAAUAUCUUAUUUAUCAAGAUAUUAAAACAAAAUGA